AUGAUGUUCUGCAUUGGCUUUUUUCCAAGGCUCCGACAUGUCAGAAGGCUGGUCAGUUUCGGAGGCUUGUCGGGACAGAUGAACUAUAGAUGCAAGCCUCUUGCACAAGGCCAGUCGCAUCCACGAUGGACGAGUGUGGGCGUGAGCGACCUGCGGUGUGACGCGCAGGAUGGCAAGGAGAUCCGCUCCUCGGCCCUGGACCUGCCCCUGCGAAAGGGCCAAAGCAAAGAAGCUUUCAAAAGGGCUGCGCUCCAGAGGUUGAUGGACCACGCGGCCAGCAAGGGCGGGCGAUGCAUGUCAACAGAGUACAGGAAUUGCACGACACACGUCCAGUGGGAGUGCAAAUGUGGGCACAGGUGGGAGGCCACGCCGAACAAUGUGCUGAAUCAGGGAAGCUGGUGUCCUCGCUGCGGCAUCAGCAAGCGCAGCCUCAGCUUGCACCAGCUCCAGGAGCACGCGAGGGAACGACGUGGCAGGUGCUUGUGCGACGAUUACCGGAACAAUAAAACCAAGGUCCGCUGGCAGUGCAAGCUGGGACACACCUGGGAGGCCGCAGCGAGCAUGGUUCUGAACCGAGGGACCUGGUGCCCCGAGUGCGCCCACACACAGACAUCACGGUCCAGGCGUACCUUGCAGGACUUGCGGGAGCAUGCCGCUGCCCGCGGCGGCAAGUGCUUGGCUGCCGAAUAUGUUGGCAUCGUGGCGACUGUUCCGUGGCAGUGCGAGAAAGGCCACAUUUGGCUUGCGAGCGCAAACAGUGUGUUGAACGCCAAGACCUGGUGCCCAGCCUGCGCAAAGAAUGUACCGCUGGGAUUGGAGCGACUGCGGAGCCACGCCGCCCGACUUGGUGGACAGUGCCUGGCCAAGGACUACAAGAAUAACAAAACCAAGGUGCAGUGGAAGUGCGGCUCUGGCCAUGCAUGGAGAGCAACUGCGCAGGAUGUCAUGAACCGUGGCAGCUGGUGCCCCGAGUGCCAGAAGAUCGGCCUGGCGCGUCUUCAGGAACACGCAGCAUCGAUGGGUGGGAGGUGCCUGUCCAGGUCGUAUAGCAACGCGCAUGCGCACAUGCUUUGGGAAUGCCAGCUGGGCCACGGGUGGAAAGCGAGUGCCACCAGCAUCCUUCAUGGAAAGACCUGGUGCCCGCAAUGCGCGGGCAGCGCAUGGAAGACGGAAGCUGAGGUCCGAAGCAUUCUGGAAAGCAUCUUCGAUCCCGCCAGGUUUGAGUCGUCCUACCCUGAGUUUCUGGGAGGGUUGCAGCUGGACGGCUACUGUUCCGAGCUAUCUUUGGCUUUCGAGUACCAGGGGGAGCAGCACUUCGAUCCCGACAACUAUUUUCGUUUCGGCGACCCAUCCAGCUUUGAGAGACAGGUGGAGAGGGAUGCCAGGAAGCUCCAUCUUUGCGAAGAGGCCGGCGUGCAUCUUCUGUUGGUGCCGUACUUCGUCAAAGACAAGCGCCUUUUUCUGUUCACGGCUCUGCUUCAAUGGUUCUCCAUCGCUCAGAUCACGGCCCCGAUGUUGCCAGAUGUCGACCGGCCCCAGAGAACUUGA